GAAAAAGAAUAUUUGAGACGCUGUCGUUUAGAAAGGCCAGAACAUUCUUUAGGGUUUAUGCUCGCUCUCUAGAGAGAAAAUCCGAAAUCUAUUUUCCCCUAUUUUUGAUAUGGCUUUUUGGAGGCAAAUCCUGACGGGAAGCAGCCGGUUAUCCUCAUUUGCCACGAAUUCGAGUCAUGUAUCCGGAAUUUCAAAUUUCUCCACCAAAUCCAGCCAUUACAUUGUGAAAGUUGGGAUUCCGGAGUUCCUGAAUGGAGUGGGGCGAGGAUUGGGAAAUCACGUAGAGAAGUUGGAAUCUGAGAUCGGAGACUUGAAUAAGCUACUCGUCACUCGAACCAUUAAGCUCAAGCGGCUCGGGAUUCCUUGCAAAGACAGAAAGCUGAUACUGAAGUACGCCCACAAAUACCGGCUUGGACUGUGGAGGCCUAGAGCUGAGCCCGUAAAAUCUUGAUGAGUCGUUCAGACGCCACGAAAUUUUUGGCUCUUUACCGGGGAGUCGACUGCGUGCUCGCAGGACUUGGUUCUUUUGCUCUGAGACACUCUCUUAGGAUUUAGGGUUUACGUUUUCUGAAAAAUCUGUUUGAGAAGUUGUCGAUGCUGGUUUAGCUCCACACAGUGCAUCUGAAAUGAUGAAUAAUAUAAAGCUGUUUAUGCCAGUUUUUUCAGUUA